GAAGCUCCCGGUCAUGCUUGCCUUUGGAGCCUUGCCCUUUCCCCUAGACUAGACUCCCCAGCCCCAGAGGCCUCAACACCUACCAGACUAACAUCUCCUUCCUCCCCCUCCGUCUCCUGAGGUGCUCAUGGCCUCGAGCUCAAACCCGGUCAGCAUGGACAUGGACCCGCCCGUCCUCUCCAUCGCCGUCGAGCACGGCCCGCCGGAGUCGCGCCUGGUUCAGCUCGGCGUCAGGUCCUGGCCCAAGUGGGGCUGCCCGACGGGGAAGUUCCCGGUGAAGUUCGACGCGAGGCAGACGUGCUACCUGGUGAAGGGCAAGGUGCGGGCGCACAUCAAGGGGUCGUCCGAGUGCGUGGAGUUCGGCGCCGGCGACCUCGUCGUCUUCCCCAAGGGGCUCAGCUGCACCUGGGACGUCGUCGCCGCCGUCGACAAGUACUACAAGUUCGAUUCGUCCUGACUUCGCCGGUGACUGUUCGCGGUGACUAAUUCGCCUCCUGAUUUAGAUUGGUGACUGUGUUAGCCUCAUUCUCUAGCUAAUUUGCUAGACAUAAUAUCCGUCUCUAUUGGCUUCGUCGUGUGUAGUAGUAGUAGGGAAAAAAAUCGGUGUGAGUGAGGUGAGGUGAGGGGCAUCUAGCCCUCCUGUGUAGUAGUAGGUUCCUAGUUAUUCAGUUGCCCCCCAAAACCGGUCAAUGCAGUGGCCGUUCAAAGUAUUCUUAUUUAUUGCCCAGAGUGCAGUGCAAAUCCGUUUUGAAUGCCUUCUU